UGCGCGGCGUGGGUCUGCCCGCGGCGUGGGUCUGUCCGCAGGGAUGGUGCAGGACCCGGGCGGGAUGCUGGUGGCGGAGCUGGUGCUGCGGGCGGGGGCGGCUCGCAGCAUCCUCUGCCUCUGCUCCCGCGCCUUCGUCGAAGAUCGAAAAUUAUAUAAACUGGGAUUAAAAGGAUUUUAUGUCAAAGAUGACAAUGACAGUACAGCAGGGGAAGAAGAAGCGUCUGAGGAGGAGAACCAUUGUCCCAAUGUGAGAUUUAAGGUGGAUACUAAUCAUGCGCUGGACCCAGAAGAAGUUGAACUAGACUCAGAAGCUGAGCUUAUGAAGAGCAUGGGGUUGCCUGUUCAGUUUGGUGGGCAGUCAGCCCAGAGAGACUUUGUGGCAACAGAAAAUUAUAAAAAGAGAAAUAAUGUGAAAUUUAUGAAAAAGAAAAAGAAGAAGAAAAAAGAGUUACAGCAAAAACAUGAGGAUAAAAGGGGACAGGAAUGCCAGGAUGAAGGUUGUGGUGGUAGUAUCCAGGCCAUUUCUAGUGAGCUGGCCCUAGCUACAGAGCAAUGUGAGAUGAGCAGUAAAUCUCAGAUUGUAGCUGAAGAGAACUGUGAAAGUUCAGAAAGCCUUGCAAAUGAGGCUUUAUCCAGUGAACUUCAGGAAAAAUGGGAGAAGUACUGGAGCGAGUAUGGAGAGGGCCUUCUUUGGCAAAGUUGGUUGCAGAAGCAUCAAGAGGUCUCAUCAUCUGAAGCCAUCACAGCCUCUGAGCCUUGGAAUAGUCUGGACACCAAGGGAGAAUGGGAGCAGCAUUAUAAUGAACUGUACUGGUAUUAUUGGGAACAGUUUCAGUACUGGACAAGUCAAGGAUGGACUAUUGAGAGCUCACAUGGGGACAAGGUGGAAGUUAAUGGGGUUACGCAGGAGACUGGUCCUUUGGGAGAAAUGAACUUGGUUAGCCAAGGGCCUGAAUGCAGUGAAGUGCUGAGCUUGGAGCUGUCUCCCUCUAACACCAGAAGUGAUGAAACACUCCCUUCAAGUGCUGAGCUGCACAGUGAAAUCAUCUCUGGAAUUUGUAAUUUAAAUCUGAAUUUAAAGGAAGUGGAGCAGAGCAGCGCAGCUCUAACAGUAGCCCACCAAGGUCAUCAAGAGCACAGUUUGUCUGACAGUGGAAGUCAGAAGGAGCCCUGUGAUGGAGGAACCAGGAAAAGGAGCGCAUCUUGUGAAAAUAAAAGUGUUAACCAGUCAGGUUCACAGGAGUCAUGUAGCCUGAAUUCAAAUGAAAAAGAGCAGUUGCUGCUUCAUGACCAAGAUGAAGAUGAGGACGAAGAGCCUCCUGAAUACAGACAUGUCAAAGUCAAGAGAAGUCAUGAACUGGAUGUGGAUGAGAACCCAGUGGAAGAUCCUGAAGAAACCUGCUCUGUGUUGGGUUUCAAGUGUGGAACAGGACAAAAGUAUGGUGGAAUUCCAGAUUUCACCCACAGAAGUGUGCAGUACUUGGAGAAAAAAGCAAAACUCAAGUCCAAAUACUUGGACAUGCGUAAACCAAGGAAGAGCAAAAACACACACAUCUUCUUUACAGAGGAAUCUGAAAUGACAUGCAAAAAAAGCAAAACUUUGAAGAAGGUGGAAAUGUUCCUGAAGCGGGUUAGUAAACCCGAGGAGGAAGCUACAUCCCAGACAGCCGUCCCUCAGAGUAAAUCGGAGGCAUUGUCUGAGAGCAGCAGCGACUCAGAGGGUCAGGAAGGCCUUACUGCCACACAGACUGUGAUGCUGAAUGCUGAAAACCAAAAGCCACCAUCUUCCAGUGCAGCCUGCACAGAACCUGUAGGGAGCAACCUUGAGGAGGAGGCACAGGAAGCUGCAGAGAGUGGCUCCAAUGAGCAGGGUGCAGCGGGGCCAGAGCGUGGUGGUGGGCGGCAGCUUGUCUCUCUGGAUAUUCCCGAUUACCUCCAGGCAAACACAGAGGACGUCAGCCAAGCUGUAGAUGAAAAAAUAACCACAAAGAAGAAGGAGAAGAAAAGAAGAAGGAAUAAAAUUGCACUGAGAUCUAUACCUGCUGAGAUUGCUGCUGAUCCAGAGCUGGUCAAGUACUGGGCACAACGCUACCGGCUGUUCUCUCGGUUUGACGAGGGAAUUAAACUGGACAGAGAGGGUUGGUUUUCUGUUACUCCUGAGAAAAUAGCUGAGCAUAUUGCAGUCCGUGUUAGUCAGUCAUUCAACUGCGAUAUCAUAGUGGAUGCGUUCUGUGGGGUUGGAGGAAACGCUAUUCAGUUUGCAUUGACCUCAAAAAGAGUGAUCGCUAUCGACAUCGAUCCCGAGAAGCUCAGCCUGGCGCGCAACAACGCAGAGGUGUACGGUGUGGCGGAUCAGAUCGAGUUCGUGUGCGGGGACUUCAUGGUGCUGGCUGCCGGCCUGCAGGCAGAUGUGGUGUUCCUCAGCCCACCCUGGGGGGGACCUGAUUAUGCCACUGCCGAAAUCUUCGAUAUCCAGACCAUGAUUUGCCCAGAUGGAUUUGAAAUUUUCAGGCUCUCCAAGAAGAUCACCAACAACAUUGUGUAUUUUCUACCUCGGAAUGCUGAUCUUGAUCAGGUGGCUUCCUUAGCAGGCCCAGGAGGGAAAGUUGAAAUAGAACAAAAUUUUCUCAAUAACAAACUGAAGACGAUAACAGCUUAUUUUGGUGAUCUAAUAAGACAUGACAUCUCCUGAACUCAGUGUGGAUUCUUCCAAGCCCAACCGCCCUGACUGCUGCUUUGCUUAAGCUUUUGUACAGCUGGCUGGUCAGAAAUAACUUAAAGCCAUUUUCCACUUUAAUUUCUGUUUACAGAAGUUUCUUCUGUUUAUUACUACUGUCAAUAAAUGUUUUAUAAUAAUUUUGACAAAUUUGUCAAUGUAGAGAAGCUGUGAAUUUUUGAAAAAAGAUCUUUAUAAAAUGCAGUUUUGCAAGGUUUGAGCCCUACCCAUGGAAGGGGCACUCAUGAUUUCUUUGCAACUCUCACAGGUGCUACUUCUGUGCUUGCUCUGGUUUUAAGCAUCCAGAGGGUCAAGAAGAAAAGCCUGAAAGCUGCCAGGUGUUUCAGGAGCUGUUGUCUGUGCUUGAGAAGCAUAAGUGCCUGAACAUCAGGUGGAACUAGAUGGUCAGGUACACCAUGAGAGGUUAACCCCAGUCCACCUCUCUGGCUCCAUGCUCAUUGGGAAACCUUUUCAGGUUUUCUUUGUAGGAUGAAGGUUCACACGUUACUUCCAGUGAGCGCUCUGGAUUGUUGCAGCACAAGGAGAGAGCUUGUUUGUGUCUGGAGGCAAAGCUCUACUCUCUGGGUUUUGCCAUUUUAUUAAAUUUUAUUUUUUUCCUCCUUGACAGUCCUUCUUCAUUGCAAAGAUAUUUUGAAGAAACCUGACUGGAAGUUUGUACCAGUAAACAGAGGGGUAUGUGUCCCCCUGUUUUUGAGGCAUUUUGGAUCCUCACACAGGCUUCAGGGAGGCAGAGGGACCCCAGCUCUUCCUGGUGAGGCCUCCCUGCUCCCACGUGGUUUGGAGGGGAAGAGUGGCUUUUGGCCACUUCUCCAAGCAGAAAAGGAGGCAGGCAAGAAGUGCCUAGGGCAUGGAUAUGGCAUUCUCACUGAAAUGCUUGUACAGUAAGUCCCCAGUCUCAAUGUUGAGCUUGUUUCUGACAUAAGAGUGUAGGAAUAAUAAUUUUUAAGACAGGUUAGUGCUGCUUCUUCUCUGCUUGGAGUGCAGUAGGAUGCUGAAGGCAGCAGAGACUAAGCACUAAACCAUGCAUUAGUGCUAUCAAAGAAAAGCAUAGCAUAACUGUAGAAUAACCAAAUAAAGAGGAUCUAUUUUCCUCCUUAAGGAAUGAAACCCAACUCUUCAAAUCAUUCAAGAGAACAAAGUGUUUGCGUGCAUAUGGGAUGUUAAAAAGCAUGCAGCCUGACGUGGUGCAAGUUCACAGUGCAGUAAAAUAGCACUUGGGAAAUAAUUUUUUUCAAACUCUGCCAUCAGUCUGGUACCUGACAAGUGCUAAACUGUUAAUGACUGUUACAUCCAUGCUUUAUGUAAUGUAUUUCAGUUUACUUUGAAGAUAAUUUGGCUAAUUUGCAUCACUGCAUUUUGCCACAGUGCUACAGUGAGGAGGAAGUGUUGUGAUAGUGCUGGACUCUGUAUCAAUAUUUAAAGGGAAUUAUUAAGGAAAUAGUAUUUCUUAGUUUGCUAUUAGAUGGUAAGGGAAGUUGGCGAGAGUGCUAGUAUUACAGGAGCUCCAAAUCUACUGUGGCAGUGGCAUAUGAAUGUAAUGAUGCUGUUAAAUUUUCACUACAAGCCACAAACAAAAAUGCAAGAAAGUCAUGAGGCCAAAUGAAGAUUAGAUUAAUUUAUACUGUCUAUGUCACAGUACUCUGUACACUGAAAUUUUACUGUAUUUGGCUUAUUGCUGCUUAUAGAAAUACCCUUGUCUUAUUGUUUGGUCCUCUUUCCCUCCCUAAAGUUAAGGGGAUGCUUUAGAGGCAUUUUGAGAUCUUGCUGACGCUAUAAAAGGAAGCUUUGAGGGGGAAAGGCCCCUGAAUUUACAUUUACUUUCCAAAAAGUAGUUCAGUGCCCAGUAUACAAAAUGUGGAAGCUGAAAUAUAAAAGGCACAUCAUUUACUGUUUUAAUAUUUACUUCCAGGAUCGAGAACUUCAUGGUAAAAAGGAACAAUUUCUCAAAGGUCUCUGCUGAGCUUUGCAAGCACAUGAAGUAUCAAAAGCAGAAGAGUAUCUUUGUUCGUAGCUGUUCCUGUCUCUAACCAAGAAGUAAAAAUGGUCUUUUUUUUUUUAAAUACAACUUGAAGUUGGAAUACACUCUGCUGGGUUGUGAUAAGUGUUUGCCCUCAUCUUUCCACUUGCACGGAACUGGUGAAGUUCCCCAGGGCUUUGAAUCUAUCAAUCUGUUAAGCCUAAAAUACAUAUAUGACUUUUUACUUUUUUGUUAGUAAAUUCAACCAACAAGCACUUCAUGGAGGACAGCCUAAAUUAUGAUAUGAGUUUUUAUAAGAUUUUAUUUUGCUUUUUAUUUCAGAAAAAAUUAACAUGGGCUGAGACGCUGUUAAAUUUCUGGACAGCUCAUAGCCAAUGCUUGAAUACCCUUUUGGGAUUUAAGCAGUAUUUCGUAAAUGAUGCAUUGGGCAGCAAAGAAAUUAUAUUGCUACUGUAAAUAUUCAUAGAGGUUUGGUCUUUUACCCAUUUUAAGCUACAGAAUAAGCUAUAGAAAAAUGCAGACUUUUGGUUUGGAAGUUAACUAAUAUUUGGACUAAAUGCAAUAAAUACAUACAGUGUUACACUUUCCAGUGUGCUCUUGAACACAUCUCUUUUGGUUUAUCUUAAUUAAAUCCAGAAU